AUGAUGGCUACAGAUAAAUCACCUUCGGGAACAACUGAUGAAAAAGAUAAUACAACAUUAAUAAAAAAACCAAAACGUGGUAAACCAACUCCUCUUAUAGAGAACACAAAAGACGUCAUAGAAAAUGGUAAUGAUUCAUUAUCAGAAACGAUUUCAGCACGACUAUCAAAAAAUUCUGAUACUAAAAAAGCAAAUGAAUCAGCUUUAUUAACAUCAGCAAGUUCAAUACCAAAAGAUGAUAAUACUGGUGGAAAUAGUUAUCGAGCAGCAUCAACAAAUUCAAUACCAAUAGAUGUCAAUACUGGUAGAAAUAGCUAUCGAGCAACAUCAACAGAUUCAUUACCAAAAGAUGAUAUUGCUAGUAGAAAUAGUUAUCAAGCGACAUCAACAAAUUCAAUACCAAAAGAUGAUAAUGCUGGUAAAAAUAAUUAUCGAGCAACAUUAACAAAUUCAAUAUCAAUAGAUGAUACUCCGGCUAGAAACAGUAAUCGAUCAAAUAAACAGUUAACUCCACUUCAAAGUACUUAUUCAGGUUCACAAACUUAUCAACAUGUUGAAUUAACUGCAGUUACAGAUGAUGAUGAUGAUGAAGAUCCAAAACGGGAUCUAAGACGAGAAAUUAAACCAACAAAUCAUAUAACUACGGAUCCUGAAACAAUGCUAUCAUCAUAUACGACAGGUGGUGAAAAUGAUACAAUUGAAAUACAUGAAUUCAGCUUAGCUGAUAUUGAUGCUUAUCUUGAUAUUUAUUUUGAAACACUUAAUAACCGUUUAGGUCAUCUUAUUGGUUCGCGUGAACAAUUACAAGAAUUUCGUUUAGCAUUAAAAACUCGUAUAAGUUCGGAUACGAAUUCAAAUGAAUAUCAAAAUGUACUUCUUGGAAAAAUGAAUGGUGAUGUUGUAGCAGCAGUUAAAUUAUCAUUUCCUGGUGAACCAGGAACAAUUGCAAAUACUAAUAUACUUCCACAAUCAAGUUCAUGUUUUACAUCAAUGCGUCGUUGGAUGAUACGAAAUGCAAAUUAUACUCCAACUAAUAUUGAAGAAUGUUAUAUUGAAAUGAUUGGUGUUAAAACUGCAUUUAGAAAUAAUGGUAUAGGAGGAGCUAUGAUGGAAUGUGUCGAACAUUUUGCUCGACAAGCUGGUGCACGUUUAUUAACAAUACAUGUACAUGAUGAUCAAUUAAGACGGUAUUUUGGACGAUCUGGUUUUAAUCUCGAUCAUACUGAUAAUUCAGCAAUUUGGAAAUGGCUUGUUGAAAGACAAAAUGUACUUAAAAUGUCAAAAACUCUCUCAUCGGAGGAUGAUCCUUCUAUGGAUAAUGUAGGUGGUCAUAAUAAUGAAAGUAUGGCUGGAAGCGAAGACGAAUAA